UGCCACAUCAGUGCCACAUAUCAGUGCUCAUCAGUGCCACCUAUCAGUGCCAGUCAGUGCUGCCUAUCAGUGCCAGUCAGUGCCGUCUAUCAGUGCCAGUCAGUACCGCCUAUCAGUGCCAGUCAGUGCUGCCUAAUAGUGCCAUUCAGUGCUGCCUUACAGUGCCUGUCAGUGCCGCCUAACAGUGCCGCCUAUCAGUGCCAUAUAUCAGUGUCAUGUAUCAGUGCUGCCUUUCAGUGCCCAUCAGUGAUG